AAUGACUUUUUAAAAGAUGGAUUGGAGGAAGAUUUGGAAAAAUAUAACUGUCGAACCGAUUCUUUUUUUCUUCUCUGUAAGCCAGGGUCUGUAUGUUAUAGUAGCGCAAAGUCUAUACAUCCAGAAGGUUUGCCAAGUGAACCUAAAUAUAACUGAGGAUAUAUGUUUAAAUAUAACGAAUCAUAAGGUGGAACAGUUGGAGGUACAAAAAUAUGUGUCAGUUCUUCAAGGAUAUAAUGGAGUUCUACAGGCUAUACCUGCAAUAGUUUAUGCUUUGUUUGCUGGUCCUUGGUCUGAUGAAAAUGGAAGGAAACUUCUGAUUGUGUUCUCUUGUUUUGGAUAUAUUUUCAACAAUGGAGUAUUCAUCAUCAAUACUAUCUGGUUUAAAGAACUCAAAGCUGAGUUCCUACUCUUCGAAUGCCUCCAGGAUAUGACGGGAGGAUAUGUUUGUUUCUUCUUGGCCUGCUAUGCCUAUAUAUCUGAUAUAUCAACUAAAGAGAAAAGAACAAAACGACUGGCUUUCCUGGACGGGCUCUUCCCUGCUGGAUUCUUUACAGGAAUGGCGCUAUCUGGGCCCAUCAAGGAUAGAAUAGGUUUUAUCGGAAACUUCAGUUUAAGCAUUGUUUUUGCGCUAUCAGCCAUGUUUUGGGCAAUUUUCAUACUUAAGGAUUCCCGAAAGCAGAGACCAAAAGAGGUUCAAGCUUAUCUUGAUAUUGUGAAAAAGAUGGAAAACCCUGAUGGCCAAAUAACAGCAAAGAAAGGAAAAUGUCUGACCCUGUUUGACGUGGAGAAUGUGAAGAAGGGAUUUACAACAGUUUUCAAGAAAAGGGAAAAUAACUUAAGAACGUACAUUGUUCUGCUAGUAAUUGUAUUUGUUCUCGAAUGUUUCCUCAUCAAUGGAAAAGGUCCUACCCAAUACCUAUACUUCAGACGUAAGUUUAGCUGGGAUAUGAACAAGUUUGGAAUGUAUAUUGGACUAUUUGGAUUUGUUGGUAUGUUUGCUCAAUUUGUUGCCGUUCCUUUCCUUACAGAGAAGGUUAAACUUCAUGAUACAACUAUAGGGGUGAUUGCUAUUGCUAGUUGUAUAGUCCAGGCUAUCAUGGUUUGCUUCAUACCAUCAGGGGAAGAGUAUGAGUGGUUGAUAUACCUGGCUGGUGUUAUCUCAUUUCUGGGAGUAUCAAUUACAACAACGACAAGAUCCCUGGUCACUAAAUGUGUUGGUCCAUUAGAGGUGGGGAAGGUUUUCAGUAUUAUGGGGGCUUUUCAGGCGUCUGUUCCUUUAGUUGGUAGUCCAACCUACGCUUACAUAUACAAGGGAACAAUUGAAACUUUUCCAGGAGCUUUUUUGCUGUUCAGUGCUUCAGUUUAUUUAGUUGUCUUGGCUCUGCUGGUUGGCGUAAACCUAGGAAUGCGUAAAUCUGGAGUUUUUAAACGAGAAACAAAAUCAGAUUUUCAACCUAUUCACAUGGAAGGUCUUCUCCAGAAAAAGGAUGAAGACACAAAGGUUUCCAAGAUUGUGUUAGAAGCAGCACCAGAGGGAGACAGGUUCAAAGAGGUUGCUGUGUAUAAAGACAGACUGAACGAGAAAUAACAAGACACGAAGACGACAGUUAUUUAAAACGUUUUCCAAUGCUCGGCCAUCUUUUAUUAAAAAAUUUUUUUUAUAAUUUUUGUUGAAAACUUUGUUAGCUUGGAUUACUGUAAUAAACUGAAUGAUUUUU